AUGCAUGGGAAGACCUGGACGCUCUGCCUACUGCUCCUGCUGGGUGUGGGGCUAGGAUCCCUGGAGGCCCUGCCCCCACCCUGUGACAGCCAGAUUUACUGCUAUGGGGACCUUCUGCACCAAGUUCAGAUGGCCAAGCUCUUCCCAGACGACAAGGAGUUUGUGGACAUGCCACUGUCCAUGGCUCCAGACCAAGUCCUGCUCAGCUUCGGGGAACUGGCCAAGGCGCACAACUACAGCAUCCCCCGGCAGCAGCUGCAGGAAUUCGUCACAAAGCACUUCCAGGCAGCAAGGCAGGAGCUGCAGUCCUGGAUCCCUGGGGACUGGAAAGACAGCUCCCAGUUCCUGCAGAAGAUCACGGAUGCCAAGCUGCGAGCCUGGGCAGAGGAGCUGCACCGGCUCUGGAAGAAGCUGGGAAAGAAGAUGAAACCAGAGGUUCUCAGCCACCCUGAGUGGUUCUCUCUGAUCUACUCUCAACACCCCUUCAUUGUGCCUGGCGGGCGCUUUGCUGAGUUCUACUACUGGGACUCCUACUGGGUGAUGGAGGGCCUGCUCCUCUCGGAGAUGCCCGAGACAGUGAAGGGCAUGCUGCAGAACUUCCUGGACCUGGUGAAAUCCUACGGCCAUAUCCCCAAUGGCGGGCGCGUGUACUACCUGCAGCGGAGCCAGCCCCCACUUCUGACCCUCAUGAUGGACCGCUAUGUGACACACACCAAUGACAUCACCUUCCUACUGGAGAACAUCGAAACCCUGGCCUUGGAAUUGAACUUUUGGACUGAGAAGAGAAGCAUCAAUGUGAGCUCUGGGGGAAAGAGCUACAUCCUAAAUCGCUAUUAUGUUCCUUAUGGGGGACCCAGGCCAGAGUCCUACAGCAAAGAUGCAGAGUUGGCAGACACCUUGCAGGAAGGUGACCGCGAGGCUCUGUGGGCCGAGCUGAAGGCUGGGGCCGAGUCUGGCUGGGACUUCUCUUCCCGCUGGUUCUCCGGAGGCCCAAACUCCAACUCGCUCAGCAGUACCCGAACCAGCAAAAUUGUGCCUGUUGACCUCAAUGCCUUCCUGUGCCAAGCAGAGGAGCUGAUGAGUAACUUCUACUCUAGACUGUGGAAUGACUCCCAAGCUGCACAGUACAGAAAUUUGCGGGCACAGCGCUUGACCGCCCUGACCGCCAUCCUGUGGGAUGAGGAAAAAGGUGCCUGCUUCGACUAUGACUUUGAGAAUGGAAAAAAGAACCCAGAGUUUUACCCAUCCAACCUCACUCCUCUUUGGGCCAGCUGCUUCUCUGACCCUGCCAUUGCGGACAAAGCUCUGAAAUACCUGGAGGACAACCAGAUCCUGACCUACAAGUACGGGAUCCCGACCUCUGUCCAGAAGUCAAGUCAACAAUGGGACUUCCCCAACGCAUGGGCCCCGCUACAGGACCUGGUCAUCAGAGGUCUGGCCAAGUUGCCUUCACCCCAGGCCCAGGAAGUAGCUUUCCAGCUGGCCCAGAAUUGGAUCCGAACCAAUUUUGAUGUCUACUCCAAAACGUCAACCAUGUACGAGAAGUAUGACAUCAGCAACGGUGGACAACCGGGAGGAGGAGGGGAGUAUCAAGUUCAGAAGGGAUUUGGUUGGACCAAUGGAGUGGUUCUGAUGAUCCUGGACCGCUAUGGCGACCGGCUGACCUCGGGGGCCUGGCCAGCUCUCCGGAAACCUCACUGCCUGGUGGUGACCCUCCUGCUGAGCCUCUUGACCAUCCUUCUGCCACAGUGACGGUGACGGCACUGCCUCAUCUGCGUUCACUCCACCUCCUGCUUUAAUCAUUAAACCUCUACAUGAGCCUCUACCCUCUCCUGCCUCUUCAUCCUCCAUCCUUGCAGACCCUAUGCCCUUCCCCCUCCACAGCCAGUCUCUGUUCACAGUGGAGGGUAGAGGGCGGCCAGGGUAGUGACCUGAAGUCAUGGGUUGGGGCCUGGGUCCCUUCUGGAGCCUUUAAAAAAAAAACCAAACCCAUUGCCGUUGAGUCGAUUCUGACUCAUAGGGUUUCCAAGGGAUGGCUGGUGGAUUCGAACUGCCAACCUUUUGGUUAGCAGCUGCAGCUCACAGGGCAGAAAUACCGCUUUGGGGGAAACAGCCCUCCUAUUGCAAAUAUCCCAGUCUCAUACCCCACACACACUGCACCCCCAAAACACUUACAUACUCAAAUGCUUUAUUGUUCUGCUGAAAUGCUUACAAAUACUGAAAAACUCCCAGCCCGAGCCCAGG